AUGCAAAUGCAAAUGCAAAUGCAAAUGCAAAUGCAGAAUGCAGAUGCAGUCCAGCACAGCACAGCACAGAACACUAGCGAUGAGAAUGCUCCGCAAGCUUCAAUUAUUCGUUCAACAGGAGGACACUACUCUGCCCGCUCCUCCUUGACUCCUGCUCACAUAGGGAUCCGUGUCCGACGGUCAGACGUUGUAUGGUUGGACGCUUCGCUGGGAUCAAACAAUUCUGCUCCAGAACAAGCGGUUCAAGCCUCGGGAGGAAAUCUCAAUCCCUGGGAACGUCAGAGGCUCGCCCCGAAUGUCACGGGCUCUCGCUUUCCCGCCGCAAGAGCAAAAAGAGGAGCGGGUGUCAGAUCGUUCCAGCGUGCUAUGCGAUUUUCCACUUCAGACGAGAAUUCGACGAUCUUCGUAAGGAUAGCCGGCCUCACGGCCUCAAGCCCACUUUACAGGGUUUCCGGUCGAACACCAGCGCCCUGGAUGAUUCUCCGAUGGCUUGAUCCAGGACCCUUGACUACUACCGACAAGGCUUCGGAGACGCAUCCAGUCAGCAUGGGUCAUCAUGCUCGCAACCCGUGGGGGAUCUCAACAUCAAACACUGGCCGAGUCUCGUUGCUCGUUUUUCCAAUGCACCACGGAAGCAGCCUCAAGCUCUUGCGGGAAGAUGAAAACGAACUCCAGCUUCUUCUCUUCUCUUCAUCGGUCCGUCUGUGCUGGUCCCUCAAGCUGAUGUCGGUCGCCGGCCGCCGCUUUCUGUUCUUCUGCUGUCUCUCUUCAACUAGCCGUCAAUAA